AGAAGGCAGGGAAGAGAGUGGAUGACUUUGUUACUCCGCCCGAAAAUGUGGUGGGAGGGUGCUGAAAUGAAAUGUAUGAGACCAACAGCGAGUUGGGACGCGUCUUUUGGAGCGAUAAGGUGGAGGAGAAGAGUCACCAUAACUUCACGUUCACCGUUCUUCCCGACAAAAGGGAAACCACACACUUGUCAGCCGGGUUUCUUGUCACUCGUGAGUCGGCGGAGGAGUCUCAGUGGGUUCGCUGAUCCCGGUAUCUUGGUCAUCGGACAGCCUGCCGUCCAUCCAAUGUGCGUAAAAGGGCUCUAUUUUCUCACCGUCCUGUCUGGACUCGCAGCUUCAGGCGUGCUGCAGGUCAGCGGGAUGCGUAUAUACACCUCAGGGGAGGUGGAGGCAGUCAACGGGACGGAUGUUCGUCUGAAAUGCACAUUCCAGAGCUCCUCUCCCAUCAAUCCCAACACCAUAAUCAUCUCCUGGAGCUUUAGACCUCUCAAGCCAGGCCGAGAGGAGUCGGUGUUCUACUAUCAACAGCGGCCAUAUCCUCCCGUAGAAGGCAUUUUUAGGAAGCGCAUCUCUUGGGCUGGUGAUGUCAUGGGCCGUGAUGCUUCCAUCAUAAUUCAACAGGUUAAGUUCACCUACAACGGCACUUACAUCUGCCAGGUGAAGAAUCCGCCGGAUGUCCACGGCUCGGUUGGAGAGAUUCGCCUGCGUGUGGUCAUUUCAGCUUCUUUCUCCGAACUUCUCCUUCUGGCGUUGGCCAUCGGGGGCGGCAUCGCUGCUGUCGUCUUGCUCCUCAUCAUCAUUUUUUCCUGCAGGCGGUGCAGGAAGAGGAGACAGAGACAGCUAGAAGGGAACGAGGAGGCUCCCCGCAAAGAGAGAAAAGACCCCACUGCGUGCCACCCAUCAAGGGCCGUCCACCUCUACCUAUCAGAGACAUCCAUAGAGAUUGACAGUUCAGACGGCAUGAUCUCAGAGGCCAGCACCAAAGACCCGAGCUCCUCAGAGGAUGAGGGCCCGAGCUCGGAUGACGACGACGGUGGUGACGACUCCGACUGAGAGAAGGUGGGGACAGACAGAGAGGCAGAAACACUGAUGUGAAGCCAGCCAGGAAGCCUGCUGGAGGGAUGCCCAGAUGGCACCAAUGGAUUACGGUCCACGGUUCUGCUAAGUGGAUGCUAGAUGAAGGGAGCUCUGCUGCUGUUUUGAAAAACAAACGCAUCGUUCAAAAAUGGGAGGAAAACGGAAAGAAAGGUCUGCGUGAAAACUUUCCGAAUAGGAGGAAAGAUUAGAGCGAUGCUUUUGAUGAGGGUCAAGGCUUUGAAACAGGAUCAAAAAUCUAGGAACUUCAACUUUUGAGACAGUCCAGAAAGCCAGAGCCUGGCUUGGCUCUGUCUCUUGUUAAGUGUUAGAUGUCAAUACCAAAAUCAACUGCAACAUGCAAUGGAAACUAGAAUGAGGGAGAUGUUUUCUGCCAUGAUGAGCCAUGUUUACACUUUGAGGAUACCUAACUUUUGCAAAACCAUUCUCUGGUUGACCUAAUUGUGUAGAAUUGUUUUCUUUUAUGUCUUAAUUUUACAAUUCAAAGUCAUUGGGGGUCAUGUGGGUCUUGCAUUUCAGUUAGUUCUACACGCCAUCAUAAUACCUGUCAGUCAGUGCACUUAUUAAAAGCUUUUUUAUCUUCCAACUGUAGACUGAGAGGGCUUGUGUCACAUCAGAUUACUUGGAUAAAAAAAGCAUAAAAUGUGAUGUAGCUGUCAUUAAGUCUGAAGGCCAUAGGCAAUACUUGAUUAGUUAGCGAGCAUCUGCAUGCCAGCACCUGUCCUGCAUGUUGUGUUGUGUGGAAGCGCACAGUCAGAUCUGAAAACCCUUUGAUUGCAAAACGUCCUUGAGAGCCUGUUUUCUCUCCACGCGUCUGUGAAUGCAUCAUACUAACAAAUGAUCACAAUACCUGUCCUUCCAUCUUUUUAUAUGGCCGCAUUUUGUACUUGUGAUGUAAUACUGAGCAAUAUGAUUAUAGAUGUUUUUAUUUUUUUCUAUUGUUUUAUUUUUUAGAUAAUGCCAGAAGUAUUUUACCGCGUUGGUUAAAAUGUCACUCUGUGUUUGUUAUAGAGCGUUUGUAAAAAAUAAAAUAAGAUGUUCUAAUAAAAAUGCCUUCAAAUCUU